GAAAAUAACAUCAAUAACAUCGUUCAAACGUUGACUGAAGAAUGUUUGAAACCAUUUCAACACUUUCAGCAACCAUUAGGAUUAUGUCGAAUAUUUGAAGUCUACUAGGACAUCUGGUUAAGAGGACUUUACUUUGUUGUUGAUUUCAUACAUUCUCAAAAAAAAAGAGAAAAUAUGGCUGAUUCAAAGAAAAUGAAAAACUCUUGGACGCCUUGGUCAUUCGACUGCGGUUCAACUGGAAUUGUAGAAUCACCUGCAAAGCGGCCUAGAUCUGAUAUCAAAAGAAAAGAGACACCGGUGCCUUCAAUAACACAAUCCUUUGUAACUACCAAUAAAAGAGAAAAAUUGAGUAGUUUGCCAGAGCUUCUCAAAGCCUGUGAGCCUCGACAAGCUUCAGAAUUAGCUGUGAGCCGACAAAAGCAAAAAGAAAUUAGCGACUGGUUAGAUUCUAGAGCAGCAAAAGCCAAACCACGUGCUUUAAUACUUUCUGGUCCUUCUGGAUGCGGUAAGACAGUCAGUUUCAAACUUCUCGCCAAGGAUAACGGGUAUGAAUGUAUUGAAUGGAUAACUCCCGCUGAUCAAGGCACAGAUGAAAACAAUAGAUAUACACGACAGACAGACAAAUUUGAAGAUUUCAUGGUUCGAACUACCAGAUAUAAUUCUCUUUUUGAUGAUUGCUCAAGGCUUUUGAUCGUUAAAGAUUUCCCAAAUAUUUAUUUUACUGAUACAGAUGCAUUCAUCUCCUUGUUAGAGCGAUACUUUGCAAUGGGUAAAGAAUCUAUCAUAUUCAUUUGUACUGAUACUGGUGGUAUUGGAGUUCUACAGAAUCUGUUCCCUCCAAAAACUAGAGAACGAUUUGGAAUUGAUCAUAUUAGUAUCAACCCAGUUACCCAAGUAAUGACCAAAAAUCUCUUGAAAAGAGUUUCUGGAAUUUUUAAUGCCAAGGCAUCCCAUAUGAUGAAUGUCACUCCAGAGAUUAUGGAAGAAAUAUUAUCCAAUAGCAUCGGAGAUAUUCGAAGUACAAUCAUCAAUCUUAUCUUUGCCUCACUCAAAGUUGAAAAUAGCAAAAAGGGAUGCGAAGCCAGAGGUCGAGGGGAGUCUUUAGGCCUACUACAUGCAGUUGGUCGUGUGAUUAAUCCCAAACGUAUUGUAAGUGGCAACUCAUGGAAGUUCCUUCAUGACCCAGACGAAAUUGCAUACUUCUUUCAAACACAACCAUCCACUUUUGUGCGGUUUUUACAUGAAAAUCAUUUGAAUACCACAAGAGCAAUUGAACAAGCUAGCACAGCAACAGAUAUACUGAGCGUUGCAGAUUUACUCGUGAGUGAAUGGAGAGAUGCCAAAUUAGGCCGGCUUGGACUGUCAUUCUGUAUCCAUGGAAUAAUGACAACUAAUGAAAACCCAGUAACUGCAUGGAAUCCAGUUAGGAAACCACCUAAUGAUGAAAAAGUUUCCAGGGAUCUUGCAUCUGCUGAGACUUCUUGGUAUGAAUCUUUAAUCAACCCCCAAACAAACUCUGUAUCGGUUAGGACACUAAAAAAUUGAGUUUUGAUUCGCAAUUACAAUGUUAAUAAUAAAUUGAAGUUUUGUAAU